AUGGAUCAAGAGAUAUCAUUACCAAAUGCUCCUGAUCAUGAAACACUUCACCCUUUGAAAGAGAUAACAUUUGGUGCCAUAUCAGGAAUGGUGGGUAAAGUAGUUGAAUUCCCAUUGGACACAAUUAAAGUGCGAUUACAAUCUGCCAGUGGUAAUGGCAAUAAUUCUUCAAUUACAACUUUACAAAUGAUCAAAUCGACAUAUCAUAAUGAAGGAAUUUUCAAUGGGUUUUAUAAGGGACUAAAAGCUCCUAUGAUUGGUGCUUGUUUAGAAAAUGCCAUCCUUUUUAGCUCAUAUAAUUUUGGAUCUACUGUGAUAGCAAAUCAUUUAAACAAGAGUAACGACAAAAGGCGAUACACUACUGAAACAUUACCAUUCAUGGGGAAAAUUAUAGCUGGUGGAUUUGCUGGAUUCAUGGCAUCGUUUGUGUUGACUCCAGUUGAGUUGGUAAAAUGUCAAUUACAAGUAUCAAACCUAAGUCAGGAUAAAUCGCAUCAUACAUACCGCACAAUUAUUAAAUCAACAGUACGAGAUAGAGGCAUAAUUGGAUUAUGGAAAGGUUUGAAUUCAACCAUUGUUAGGGAAGUCAUUGGUACCGCCAUUUGGUUUGGUACUUAUGAAUAUAUCAAUGAUUAUUAUAAACAGGCCAAAGAUCCUUGGGUUAGUAAUAAGGAUGUGCAAUUGUUAAUUGCUGGUGCCAUGGCUGGCGUGACAUUUAAUUUUUCAAUGUUCCCAGUAGAUACUAUUAAAUCAAACAUCCAAACCCAUGAUCUAUUAAACAAACAUAGGAACUCAACCAGUGUGGUAAAACAAAUCGGAUUCUGGCAAACUACAAGAUCAAUAAUUUCUAAACCAGGAGGUCUCUUGAAUUUGUAUAAUGGGUUGGGGAUAACUAUGGUUCGUUGUAUACCAGCUAAUGCCCUCAUUUUCUACACUUAUGAAUUAUUAAAACUGAAUUUCUAA